AUGGUCCUCUUUACAGCGAAUAUGGUUGUGCCAGUCUUUGCCACAACAGUUCUGCUCUUUCCCUUCCUACUUUAUAUCGUAUUUGCCGACGAAAGUCUUAUCCCGGCGUCAGUGAAGGCUCACGAGCUACCCGAGGAAGCAAAGAAUAAAAGGCCAGCGAAUCCCAAUAUUCCGACUGUACGCGAAAGGCCUGCUGACGGCGAAAGUCUUUGGUUCGAAGACGAAGACGCGGAACUGGAGCAUAUCUUGAAUCCUUUUCUCGACAAAAAAGGGUUUCUUCUCGGAUCCAUAAUCUUCAUCGUAACGAUCAUCCUGCUCCUGGCCUUGAACGCUGUAUAUCUUUCGAAAGGUGGCAAUACUGACUUCUGGGUCACUCUGCCAGCUGCUGUCACCAUGCUCUGUUUGGAUCUUACCAUGGGCUGGAUGAACAGGGCAGCAACACGUGCUAUCGCUCGACAGGGAAGGGGUCGUGCUGAAAGUCUCAACGUCAAUGGAAAAGCCUCAAUAACCAAGAAUAUGGACCUAACUCAUGAUGAUCACAGCAUAUCUGACACAGAUCUGCGUUCGCACCAGGAAAAUAUCUCUCUAGGAAGAUUGGCCUCAGGGAGCGUCGAUGCGAGAAGGGAGGCUGAAAUCUCCAACGGAAAAUCUACCGAAGAGCCUCCAUUAGAAAACACAGCCAACAAGGAUUUGGGGACGACUCAGCAGCAGCAGCAGCAGCAGCAGCAGCAGCAGCAGCAGCAAAUACCCAUGACUGGCGUGCAGCGGGCGCUCACAAAUCUAGGGAUCGCAGAAACCUCUUACCCGACAUCCGAGCUUCGACAUGGAGAUGGUCAUGUUACGGUAUUCAAGUUCCUAGAAGACCGGUACGUGUGGUGUCAAGAGACCUUCCCCACAACGACCGUCUGUCUACGUCAGCUUCCAUACGAUCUCGUCCCCUUCGCGUUCUGCAUGUUCAUCUUUGUGGAGGCUCUCAUCAGCAAUGGUUGGGUUCGUGUAUUUGCUCACUGGUGGGACCUCUGGGCUACCAAGUCUGGACCUGUCGGAUGCAUUGCAGGGAUGGGUCUCCUGGGCGUGGUGCUAUCUAGCGUAAGUAUCGCCAGGUCAUAG